GAGUCAGGAAGUGUGUCUCGGAUAGAAGUGACGGACGGUGACGAACUAUCAAGGGAGAUCCAGUGUAGGAGAUGCGAGCGGCGUUGCGCCUGGCAGUAGUGGCUGUCCCUAUGGGUGUGCUGCUGUCCCGGACCAUGGCGUGGAUGUCCAGCGGCAAGACGCAUCCAGAGCUCAUUAGCAGGCUGAGGGAUCAUGGGGUGAUCCGCAGCGACAGAGUGUUCAAUGCAAUGCUGGAAACUGACAGAGGGAUCUACUCCAGAGACUAUCCUUAUGCAGACUCUCCUCAGUCCAUAGGCUACAGGGCGACCAUCAGUGCGCCACACAUGCAUGCUCAUGCUUUGGAGCUGUUAAGUGACAAACUAACUGAAGGGGCCUCUGCACUGGAUGUAGGUUCAGGAAGUGGAUAUCUCACCGCAUGCUUUGCAAGAAUGACGGGACCCAGUGGUAGAGUUGUCGGCAUUGAACACAUUGAUGAAUUGGUGCAAAUGUCGAUAAAAAAUGUGCAAGCUGACGACCCAGAGCUGCUCUCCUCUGGACGCAUCAGACUUGUAGUGGGAGAUGGAAGACUUGGCUUUCCAGACGGAGCACCGUAUGAUGCCAUUCAUGUGGGUGCAGCUGCAGCCACUAUUCCUAAGGCUCUCUUGGAGCAGCUGAAACCGGGUGGGCGGUUGGUUCUCCCUGUGGGCCCCGAUGGUGGCAGUCAGGUGUUGGAACAGUAUGAUCGACAGAGUGAUGGGACAUUCCUCAAGAAAGCUCUGAUGGGAGUGGUGUAUGUCCCCCUGACUGACAAGAGGCGCCAGUGGCCGGGAGGUGAGCUCUGACUGCAGUGUGGUUGCCCCUGCAGGAGGUGGCGUUGGUGCUGCGUCUCCGGGGCCGUGUAGCACUCCUCAUGGUUUCACUGAGCUCCUGUCUUAACAACCUCCUGCUCAGCUGGGUUGUCACCUAGCAACGUACAAGGAGGAUCUUGCUCUGUUUGCUUGACCAGAUUGUCUUCCCAGGGAGCUAAAACAAUGAGUGAUUGAAUGAGUGACCGGCAAUCUGCUGGUUGCCCUGUUCCCAGAAUCCUCGGUGUCAGAUAGAGAGUUAUAUGAAUAUUUUGGUUGACAGAAGAACAGGUGUACACAGCAUUAUUCACGGGAGAGGUUGUGGAGUUUGACAUGUUUGCCGUUACAUCUUGAAAAGCAACAGGAUGUGUUGUUACGGACGAUUGUGGGGAAUUCAGAUUAAUUGUGUAAUCUUACUGGAACACUUUUGUCAUGAAUGCAGUAAUGCAUAAAGACGAACCUGAGUACAAGCCAAGGAAUUUUAAUACAUAUUUAGUCAGUUAACAAAGUAAUAUAUUUUGUGGUAAGACGGCUUCUUGCUCACUUCGUAUACUGUAUGUGUGGAGUUCGUCCUGUUUGACGUUGUUAUUGUAGAGCAGGGGGGAGUUGAGACUAUACAAAUAUUGUAAUUAUGUGUAUACAGUAGAUUUAUUAAUAAAACCCACUGAAUGAAAAGAA